GUUGGAGUCGGUCGUUGUCCGUGUUCUGUAGGCGUUGUUCGGUCGUGGCUCGUGAGAAUAUUAACAUUUCUUGAAAAAAUCUUCAAACACCGCUCAUUGUUUUAGAACCGUCCGGCCAGGUGUUGAGCCACCUUUUUUGUGUGUACGCAGUUUUUCCCCUUGUGUUAUAGAUUUGUGCUUAUUUCAUUCAUUGUUGAUGCACGUGUAUCUGCAGGUCUCGAUGCUUGCUUGAAUGUUGUUAAAUUACUGGGCUUAAAAUUGAAACAUCGGCAGGUGCAUCUUUCGCACAGCAUCCAACGCGUGUGGUGCAUAAUAAUCAUACCAUCGGAACCGAUUAUUUCUUUCCGAGACCCUCGUCGCUCUCCGAGUCUUGGUCUUGAAGUUUGAGAAGAACAAGUUCAAUUUCAAUAGCUCUAUUAUCGUUGCUGUUCAAUUGUUUCGGGAUUUCCGGUGUGGUAUUUCUCGGUAUAAAGUGAAAAAAAAAACAAAAGGAAGUGUAUUGAUCCGUCCAAGGAUUCAGUAACCUGCAAAAUGUCAGCUGACGGAGAGCUUUCGUCGAUCCUGAACCGCCGCCAGCAAAUAAACGACGCCCUCGAGAAUGGGCAGGAGGUGAAGCACUCGUAUCGGCGGGUUAACAUCUAUACCGAAUUCCACGAGUUUUCGAGAUCUGAAAUAAAGGACUACCAGGCGACCUUCAGCAAGUACGAUGUCGGCGCUGAUGGUUUCCUGGAUUUAGCCGAGCUCAAGUUCAUGAUGGAAAAACUCGGCGCCCCCCAGACUCACCUGGGCCUGAAAGCGAUGAUCGCGGAAGUUGACGAAGACAAGGAUGGCAAGAUUUCGUUCCGCGAGUUUAUGCUGAUUUAUAGAAAAGCACGUGCUGGUGAGCUGGAGUCCGAUUCAGGUCUGGAUCAAUUGGCACGUCUUACCGAGAUCAAUGUGGACGAGGUCGGCGUUAAUGGGGCUAAAAACUUUUUCGAAGCAAAAAUCGAACAGCAACUGCGGACGAACAAAUUCCAUGAUGAGAUCAGGCAAGAACAGGAGGAGAAACGCCGCCAAGAAGAGGAACGAAUAAUGCGAAGACAACAGUUCCAGCAGCGCGCAGCCGUUUUCCAGUGAAUUCCAGCUACCGGAGUCGAUAUUUGAGCGAUGUGGUGGUAUCCGAAACGAUGGACGAACUUUUGAAAACCGACAACAUUUGAAAAAAAAAUCAAGUAGCCCCACAACAGUUGCUAAUCAGGAAUUCUCGUCUCGUGUAUUUCAUCAUCAUCGUUACGCUCAACGCGCUACAAGUAGUUUUGAAACAGAAGGUUUGACAACGGCUCACUCAUAAGGUGUGAAUUGAACCGACCAAGUUUGUAAAUGUGUAAAUGUUUUUCCCCUUUAGUUCUAAACUGUGAAACUAGUUUUUCACUUUAAGUUAGUGUUUCAAUCAUAAGUUAGUUGAAAAAAGUGUCAUUUUAAUCUGCGAAAAAGUUAUCAGAUAAAGUUUUAUUUUGUCAUUGCAAGUAUAUGGAAUGUAAUUCAAGGAAUCUGAGUACCAUGUGAUAAAAGCGUAUCAAAGGAAUUUAAGAGAGAAAGUAGUAAGCCUUAAAAGUAGUUAGUGUUGGUAACCAAAAAAAAGCGAGUCAAGAAUUCAACACAUGGCCAUACUGCCCCUACUCGCAUAACAGUCCCAUAUGAAUUUUCGUCAUUUUUUAUCUAAUCUGACAGUUCGUCAUUUUGAACAUAGGGCUUCAAUAUAAAACAAUAAAAAAAGAGAUUUUGUUCUAGAAAUUUUGAAAAAAAUAACAACCUGUGGCUGUCCCAUAUGAAAUAUACCCGCAUAACAGUCCCAUAUGUGAAAUAUUACGUAUUUGGUUACUUUUCAAUGCUUCUUUCGGCGAAAUAGUCUUUGAUUUAUUGCUUCGAAUCAUUUAAAAAAGAUUUAAACUCACUUGAUGUCGAAUUAUGCACACUAGUUCUCGAAGGCAGGUCAGUAAGAAGGAAGGAAUGUCUUCCUGAGUAAAAAACUAACAGAUGCAAUCAAAAUCGUAAAAAGAUUCAACUUACAAUGUAGAAUUUACGGUAUUUUUCCAAAAGUGUGUUUCUUUUUCUGAUAACUGCAUUUAGAAGUUCAAAAAUGAUCUAAUUUAAGUUUUAGAAAGUAGCUUGGUUAGCAAAACAUAUUCUGUAUGGGACUGUUAUGCGAGUAGAUUUGAAGAAGGUCUCAAAUAUGCUCGCAUAACAGUCCCAUAACGAAUAAAAUGGUGCUCCCGACGUUACCGAUGGCCCAAUUUCUAAAUUUUCAGGUCUUACGAUUUAUUAUGACAGCCUAGAACACAUUCCAUCAAACGAUUUUCGUUGAUGCUGAAAGUAAUGGUCAUAAUUAAAAAAUAUAUUCCAAAACAGAAAAAGCUGAUUUUCUCGCUUGCUUGUUUUUGCAUAUGGGACUGUUAUGAAAGUAGGGGCAGCAUAUUUCAGUUACUUUUUUUUCGAUUACUAAGAGGCAUCAGUAGUAAAAGUUGCCAACAUUUUAUUUUAAUUUCUUUUAAACGUUUUAACAAAAAUCUAAUAUAACCAACAUUGUUCCCUCGUUGCUAUAGCAUAAAAAGCAGAACCUAGCGUCCAUGUGCAACCAAAACAAAUUUGAACGGCAGAUAGAUUGUAUCUCAGAAAAAAUAGGCAUAUCCAGGACAUGAGACUAAAUGUCAACGAACGAGUUGUCUCAUGAUGUUUCAGUCAGAGGGUAAGGUUGACGAGUAUGGUAGUUCAAAAAGAUGAGACAUAUUUUUGAUAUCAAGGAUACACUGUAUAAUUUGGUUUGAAAAGGAGAACAGUUUGAGUAGAACAAAUAAUAUGGUUUAAGCUUAUAUGAGACAGAACUUGAAUCUCAUGAAUCAAUUCUUUACACCUAUAUAACAACACCAUGUGAGCAAGUAUCCUGUUCUAUUGAUCUAUGUCAAAAAGUUGAUAAACAAUAUACCAAAUGUAUCUGAA